CAAGCCCCCCAAAAACCAAUGUCAUGAUUUCCCAUAUCUUGGAUUUUCCAAGAAAGGUGAAAGACAAAGUUGUGGAAAUUGUGGAAAAAACAAAGAAAAUUGGAAAUGACGAUCCAAGAAAAAUUUGGCAUGCAUUUAAAGUGGGACUGGCUCUCACUUUAGUUUCCAUGUUUUAUUAUUAUAGGCCUCUUUAUGAUGGCUUUGGACAAUCAGCAAUUUGGGCUAUUUUAACCGUGGUCGUUGUUUUUGAAUUCACUGCAGGUGCAACUUUGUGCAAGUGUUUAAACAGAGGGUUUGCAACAUUGACAGCUGGGGCAUUAGGUGUUGGAGCAAAAUAUUUUGCUGACUUGUUUGGGAAAGAAGGGGAGCCCAUUGUUCUGGGUUUUUUGGUCUUUACACUAGGUGCACUAGCUACGUUUACAAGAUUUUUCCCUCACAUGAAGAGGAGAUAUGACUAUGGGAUCUUGAUAUUUGUAUUGACAUUCAGUAUGGUGACCGUAUCCGGUUAUCGUGUAGACGAAAUAUUAGAAUUGGCUCAUCAACGUCUGUCAACCAUUCUUAUUGGGGCUGCCACGUGCAUGAUAGUUUCCUUAGUUAUUUGUCCCGUUUGGGCCGGAGAAGAUCUUCAUAAGUUAAUUUCUAGUCAUCUUGAGAAACUUGCAACAUUCUUAGAAGGUUUUGGAAGUGAAUAUUUCAGCUUUUCAGAGAAUGAUCAAAGUGGAAAGAACUCUAAGGAAGAUAAAAAGGGAUUCCUUGAAGCCUAUAAAACUGUCCUUAAUUCUAAGGCCAGUGAGGAAUCUUUGGCAAAUUUUGCAUGGUGGGAGCCUGGUCAUGGAUGUUUCAGGCUACGUCAUCCAUGGAAGCAAUACUUAAAGAUUGGUGUCCUUGCUAGAGAAUGUGCAUGCCAUCUUCAAGCACUUAGUGGUUACUUUAAUUCCAAGCCUCAGGCACCAACCGAGUUCCACAAAAACAUACAAGAUGCAUGCAAAAAAAUGAGCAUAGAAUCAAGCAAAGUCCUAAAAGAACUAUCAACUUCCAUCACAACCAUGACACAACCAUCCUCCUCCUCCUCAGCAACCCAUCUCCACUACUCGAAAGCCGCCGUCGACGACUUCAAAAUCAUCCUAACCACCACACAAACACUCUUAUACUCCAACAAACUAGACCUUUUACAAAUAUUUCCAGCAAUAACAGUGGCAUCUAUACUCAUUGAUGUCAUCAAUUGCCUCGAAAAAAUCUUGGAGGCUGUUGAGGAGCUAUCCGUUCAAGCACAUUUUAUGAAAGCAAAGAAUAACGAAGUUUCUGUAGCUUCACUACCACCACCACAGCACCACCAGUUGCUCCACCGCGGAAUAGUGAAGCCGGUCAUCGAUGUCGAUGACAUUGAAGGUGGUGCUGCGGUGGCAUAUUCCGCGCCGGAGGUCAAACCCCCUGCGGGGAAAUAG